CUCAUCUCGCUCGUCUCGUCUCCGCCCGCCCCCAACCCCCCCAAUAAUUCCACCGCCGCACAGCUUUCCCUGCCUUCCUCUCGCCUUCGCCUACCCCCGCCGCCGCCGCCGCCGCCGCCGAUUCGCGCUGCUCUGACCUCUGACCAGUGUAAUCUCGCCGGCGGGACCGCGGGAGGACCACCACCAGCAGCAGAAGCGCCGGCAGCAGCGAGCACCCCCACCUCCGGCCAUCGCCGGGGAUAAAGUGGGGUCGGUAGGGGAGUCCUAGGGGGUGCAAAAGGGAUCGGAUCGGGAGAGAUGAAGCUAUCAAAUAAUUCUUCGUCCGCUGUCUUUCCUGCUAACGCCGCCACUACUAACCCUAGGAUCAUUCUGCCUUUUCUCGUUAUUGACCCGACUCUUUUUGGUUUUAGCGCUGUCCAUAAUGAGGUUGAUCUCCAGAAGCUUUUCUAUUAGAUUAGUGUAAAUAGUAGACUUGUUCGGGUUUAGCUUGGUUGGAAGAAUUAGUCUCUGGUCCGUGUUCAUUUCUGCUAGAAAUAAUGGCUGCGGUGAACGAAAAGGCAUUGGGUAAAUGCGGAAGGAACCCAAAUAGUCUCAAGAGAAAGCGGGACAGCCCCGUCGCAUAUGAUGCUGAUGCCUGCCGCACCUCUGGAUUGCGUCAGCGUCCUGCCAAUGAUUCUGCUGUUAGGUUUCAUGUUGAUCAAGACCGCAAGGCAAAGAUCGUAUGCCACUUCAACAAGCAGGUUUUGCAGAGCUAUAAGAACUUCAUGACUAGCGCACCACCUAAGCGUAUUCUACUUCGCCAAGGAGCUGACUGGAAAGUCUUUCCAGAAAAGAUUGUCAAGUUGGCCCAAGCUGACUUCAGGGCAAAAAAGACAAUCACAGAAACAGGAUAUCAGAACCAGCUGUUUUUGCUGGAUUUUGUGCAUAUGACAUUCAUAGACUCGAAGACAGGUCUUCAGAGGCCGAUAGCUUGGAUCGAUGAAAAUGGAAAGGGCUACUUCCCAGAAACUUUUCUGCAAGAUGAGAAAUUAUUCAUGAAGAAAGAUUUUGGCAACGGAAAUCAUGAGUACAUUAGUGUUGACCCAAAUGGGACACAAGAAAUGAAUGGUCAGCUCGGAGCAUCAGAAAGUUCUGCAGAAAGCUCAAACUUUGAUUCAAGCACUGAAGAUAUUUCCAGCCUUAAGAGAGCUAGGGCUGAAAAGAGUUCCAUAGGAAAAAAAUAUGGUGAUAUGAGAGAAGCGAUUGGAGAAAAUGAGCCAUGCACUUUGUUGCCUACAGCCUGUAAUCUGCUGCCGCACCAAACUAAUCUGGGUGAGGUAUCACGUGCUCAGCAAACUGUUGAAGCCGUGGAGAAAUUGUUGCUGCAGGGGAUGGGUUCUGUUAUUGGAUCCAAGGACAUCAUUGGAAUCUACAGAACUCCAUUAUUGGAUGAUUGCGCACAAGUCCGUUACCAUUUUCACCAAAAGCAAGUACAGGUUACCGAGUGUCAUCGUGGAAAUGCAAAUGUCCGUUAUGCAUGGCUUGCUUGCUCCAAAAGCACUGUGCAUGAAAUGAUGCUGAAUGGUGUUCUGCAAGUUCAUAAGCCCAUCAAGUGCCCAGCCUAUGGAGAGGGCACCAUCCUUGCACCAGCAAAUCGUUCUGAUACCUGUGUGAAAUACUCUGAUGUUGAUGAAAAUGGCAUUGUCCAUAUGAUGUUGUGCCGUGUUAUAAUGGGGAACGUAGAAAUAGUUCACCCUGGAUCUAAGCAGCAUCGACCUAGUAGUGACUAUUUUGAUAGUGGAGUAGAUGACCUUAAAAACCCACAACAUUACAUUGUGUGGGAUAUGAAUCUGAAUAGGCACAUCUAUUCUGAGUUUGUAGUCACCAUCAAAUUGCCUUCUAAAACCAAAGAUUCCCUUGUCACACAACAAGAUUGUCAGAAUUCAUCGGAUGUGUCACUGGUCUUAAAUUCUAGUUCACCCGACUGUAUGUCAGAGGAGAUGAACCUUGAGGCACCUCCAGCAUUGGGAGGUGGAUGCGCAGCCCCCAUGCUAGGAGAUUCGAUGGAGAAGGCUCCAAGCUCACCUUGGAUGCCCUUCUCCAUGUUGUUUGCAGCAAUUUCUACCAAAGUGUCUCCUGAGAAUAUGGACAUGGUUAUUGGUUGUUAUGAAGAAUUCAAGAGCAAGAGAAUAAGCCGAGCUGAACUAGUAAAGAAGCUGAGGCAUGUUGUUGGUGAUAGAGUGCUAAUAUCGACAAUAAUGCGGCUCCAAGAUAAGCCGUAAGGUCUGUCGGCUGAGGCCUGGGGGUUCUGGAUGGACCGCCACGCGCUCAAGGCGGAUCUUUUGCCGUGCACAAGCUUCAUUUGAAGAGCAUCAGAACAGCAGUGGUUUGAUGAUCUGAUUAUUUUCGCACUGUUUUCUGAGGAAAAAUCUUUUUUUGCGUGUGUAUUUGGCAGCAGUUACCACCAGUGGGGAGGCACGAGGCCAACACAUCGGUGGCCAAGAUGGUGGCGAAACCGUGAAGUGGUUUGGUGGGCAAGGAAGUGAGAAUGGAGCAACCGGCCGACUUACAUAAAAAAGGCAGCAGCGAUGAAAGCCUCUUGCGUCAGUCUGUGUAUGGGUGCUGUUUGUUCUUUCAGUCUGUCAUAGGAGUUUAUUUUGGUGAAGAAUUGUAUCCUGUCUUUCAUCGCAACAAGGAAACAAUGCAUAUUCAUAUCUAGACAUCCCGUGCUUGUGAACGGAUCGAAUGGUUUCUGAGAGAAAAACCCCUCCAUGUUUACCUUUCCGUUUACUCUUGUUUCACCAUCGAGUUGGGUAUUAAUUAAUGUCAGUUUUAUGCAGUAA